AUGGCAAGGCCUCUUGCUCCAAGCUUCUCCAUGGCCUCUCAUCAUUUGUUUCAACACCCAUCACAUUUUCUCUUCGCCCCCAUUGUAAUUUUCUCCAUGAUUUCUCUCUUAAUAUUUCUCUGUGCUUCCCACAAGAGUAAAAAAUCAAACGAGAAAAAGGAGGAAGCGAUCACAAACUCCGAGUCGAAAGAUGCAAAGUUCAUUGCCAAGUUAAACAGCAAGAUUAGUAGCAAAGCUCUGGCGAUGGCGAAGAUGGUUUCAUGGAGGAAGAUGGAGGCAGGAGAAGAAGAUCAAAAAGAUGAUGAUGAUGAUGAUCAUAGUGAUGAAGCAGUUUGGAGGAAAAGCAUAAUUAUGGGAGAACGUUGUACUCCACUGAAUGAUGAUGAUGAUGAUGAUGAUGAUGAUAGAGAUGAAGCAGUUUGGAGGAAAAGCAUAAUUAUGGGAGAACGUUGUGCUCCACUGAAUUUUUCUGGGAAAAUUGAUUAUGAUUCUGAAGGAAACCUGGUGCCCGAAUCGCCUGACCGAAAUCACUAA